AUGGGCAGCGCAGGCACUGUAUCAUGGCUGCAAAAGCUCUCCGAGCAGCUCAAUAUUGAUGUGGACUGGAUGGACCCCUCGUACACUCUCAGUAUGCCCAUCGUUCCCCAUGAUAUGACCAGCAAUCAGGGUUGGGUCCACGAACAGAUGUGCAACCCAAUCAAUGAGGAGUUGUUUAAGAGUGUGGUCAAGGAAUACAAAGACCAGGGCUGGUUAAAGAUCUACACGCGCAUGGCUGUUUUGAUGUCCAAAGCCAAUAUCGACAACAUUCAAGGCCGAGUCCUUCUUCAAACUCUCCCUUCUGACGCCUAUGAUACUGAGAAAACACUCGAGCAAGCCCGUGCGUAUGCUCGGGAAUUUGAGAGUGUGGGUGUUUCCAAGGAUCGCUUCUGUAUCAAGAUCCCAAGCACUGGGCCUGCCUUGAAUGCUUGCCCCAUUCUGCUGCAGGAGGGUAUUCGCACGCUCGGCACUGCUCUAUUCAGUGUCCACCAGGCUAUUGCUGCUAGCCAGGCCGGAUGCUUAUACGUCAGCCCAUACUAUAAUGAGGUUCGCGCGCACGAUGAGCAGGAGCUAUGGCCCAAAUCUAAUGACCCGGCUUUGCUGCACCCAAUGUCUCCGCGUCUCGUCCAGAUUCUUGAAACAUACAAGCGUAUGUACAAGGAGACCGGGAAGGAGCAGCCAUUCCUCAAGAACGCUAGUUUCAUUUCGCCAGAGGAAGCUAUGGCGGCCGGUGAGAUGGGAUGUCAUUCGGCGACCAUCUCUCAUUUGGUCCUCACUCAACUGGCUAACCUCCCGUACGAUGGCUCGAAGCAGCCUGGAGAAGGGGUGCCUAAGCCGGAUCACCCAUACAAGAACGCUGCGCCGACCCCAGAGCGCCUGAGGAAGGUUGCGCAGACGGAUCCUUUGAUCGGACCUAACUGGGAUGGAAAAUUGUCGAGAACCGAUAUCGACUAUCUAGCUAACGGAGGUGCUGAGCUAGAUAAGGCGAAUGAGGAAGAUCCGCAAACCAAGAAGCGGCUGCGGGAAGCUCUUGCGCUGUUUGUCGCUGCGGAGAAGAGAAGCCAGGCGAAGAUUGAAGAGGCCAUGAAGAAUGUGUAG